AUGGGAUCUCCAACAACUGAGUUCUGUCUGAUCUUGUUGUUCUUGUUUUAUCAUCUUCCUUGUGCUCUAAGUCAGCAAGAACUGCUUCAGUGUGAUACUCUGUUUCAGUGUGGCAAUAUCACCGCUGGUUACCCUUUCACAGGACAGAAUCGCAAUACUUUCUGCGGUAACCCUUCUCUUAAACUUACUUGCAACAAAAGGUUCAACACAACCUCUCUUAUGCUCUCAGGCUAUAACUACACUGUCCUCAAUAUAGACAACAAAUCCAACAUUCUUAGACUUUCAAGACAAGAUUUCUCAGCUUCUUUCUGUUCUGCUUCAUUCUCCUCCUCACCCUUACCUUCAGAUCUCUUCCAGAGUUUACCAUCUUAUAAAACCCUCACUGUGUUCUAUGCUUGUGACCCACGUCGCCAUUUUCUUGGGAAUUUCACAUGUCCCGUGAAAGGUCUUGGCUCUUUAAUUCAAAACUCUACAUAUCAUAAACUUUGUGAUGAAAGCUUCACUGUCACAGUUCCUACGAGUUUCGUUCCAGAGCAAGAAGCUCUGAAUGUAACCAAUUUGGAAAGGUUUUUGAGGAAAGGAUUUGAGGUGAAGUUGAAGAUGAUAAAUGAGAUAUUUUGUCAAGAAUGUGUAUCCUCAGGUGGAAACUGUGGCUUCCACUUAUCCAGACAGGUUUGCUGCAAGAAUGUGACAGGAUCAGGAAUCAGUUGUCGUACUAACACUUACAUAUCUGGUGGGUCGAUAUUAGCAGUAUUUGUGGUGAUGAUUCUAGCAUUCUUGAUCUGGGAGAGAAGGAAAAAAAAUGCUUUAAGAGAUCAGAACCUUGAUGUGUUAGUAACCUUGAGACGGUAUAGUUAUAAGGAAAUCAAGAAAAUUACAAAACGUUUUACAGAAGUUGUUGGUCGAGGAGGAUUUGGAACUGUAUAUAAAGGGAAGUUACGCGGUGGUGGUAAAGUUGCGGUGAAAGUCUUGAAGGAUUCAAUGGGAAAUUGUGAAGAUUUUAUUAACGAAGUCGCAAGCAUGAGCCAAACAUCUCAUGUUAACAUUGUUUCUCUGCUUGGUUUCUGCUACGAAGGAUCCAAAAGAGCUAUUGUAUAUGAGUUUCUUGAGAAUGGUUCUCUUGAUCAGUUCAUAUCUAAGUCAGGGGAUUUAGAUGUGAGUACACUAUAUGGAAUCGCGCUAGGUGUUGCUCGAGGAAUUGAGUACUUGCACUAUGGCUGCAAAACAAGGAUUGUGCAUUUUGACAUUAAACCUCAGAAUGUGCUGUUAGAUGAUAAUCUCAGACCUAAAGUUUCAGACUUUGGCCUCGCUAAGCUUUGUGAGAAGCAAGAAAGCAUUUUGUCAUUGCUUGACACAAGAGGAACGAUAGGGUACAUUGCUCCAGAGUUGUUUUCAAGAAUGUAUGGAAGUGUUUCUCACAAGUCGGAUGUGUACAGUUACGGAAUGUUGGUUCUUGAGAUGAUUGGAGCAAAGAACAAAGAAAGAGUUGAAAACGGUAAUUCAAACAGCAGCUCAGCUUACUUUCCGGAUUGGAUCUACAAGGAUCUUGAACUUGGAGAUUAUGCAAGACUUCUUGGCGAUGAACUAACCCGAGAGGAAGAAGAUAUUGCCAAAAAGAUGAUCUUGGUUGGUCUAUGGUGUAUUCAGUUUUCCUCAUCAGAUCGUCCAUCAAUGAACAAAGUCGUAGAGAUGAUGGAAGGUAGUUUGGAUUCUCUCAAAGCCCCUCCGAAUCCAAAGCCUCUUUUGCAUGUCCCAGUGCAAGAUCUUUCGGAAUCAUCACGGCCAUCAGAGGAAAGCUCAGUUUACUCAAGAAGUAUGAUGAAUCCAUGAAUGUUGUCAAAAGUAAA